CUAAAAAAAAUUAGAUUUUGAUUUUAAAAAAUUUGUAACAUUUUUGUAUAUUAUCUGGCUUGCUUGAUCUGUUUCUAAACUUAGAAUAUUUAUUUAAAAUUAAAAUUCCUUUAUUAUUUCAUGAAAAUUUGCUGGCCAAUACUUUCACAGCCGAAUUGCUGGCUUGCACCUUUGCAGCAUGCGUGGUUUGGCUUCACGGGACGAAUGUGUAGCGUUUCAAUGCAGUCCUCGGUGCGGAGGCAAGUGGCCCUUGAGUGGGCUGGGUCCCUGUGCGGCCUGGUGCGCCCAUUCAUUCCGUUCGCGGUGUUAUUGGGACCCGAGUUUCAGCAUUCGUGCUAGUGCAGUGCGCGCCCUUCCCGGUCCGAGAGAACAGGGAUAAAAAGAGAAAAAAGAAUUAUUUAUGAGUUUCCUGCUUUUGUGAAGUAAUCGAGGAUCCUUCCGCCCUGCAGACGCAGACCUACAAAUUUGCUGAAAUAAGCUCUUGUCAUUUUUAAAACAGUAUAUAUCCAUCGGAUCGAGUUUUGUGUUCUUUUAGGAUUGCAUUAUUAACAACUUUUUGUGAUACAGCUUUUGAAAACUAUAAUGAGGAUCGUUAAAAUUUAAAAGCUAUAAAAUUAACGGAAAAUCCAAGCGGCCUCGUGGCGCAGUGGAUAGUAAACAUUUUUUAAGUAAAUAACAUUAUAUAAAAAAUUCAAUGCUACUGUAGGACUGAGUAAUUUCCGCGUACGAGUUUCAACUUCAUGAUCAUUUAGCCUUUAAAUCAACUAAAAGAUAUGUAGAAAAAAAUAAUUAUUUUUUUUCAAAGGAGUAUUUAUCUGAUGGUGAACAUGAUGUUCCAAUCUAUGAUUAAGAUGAUAUUGUUGGUACUGUUAGUACUGUUGGUCCUGUCGAGUAAGUACCUUAAUUGGCUCGAAAAUGCGGACUCUUUUAACUGUGCUAACAAUUUACAGUUCAUGUGCAGACUUAACGAAAGAACGGGAUGAUUUGAAGGAAGAACAGAAAAAACUGAAUACCACGAUGGAGCAAGACAAAACGUUGUUAAAAAAUAAGGAGGAAGAACUUAAGGACCUGAAGGAACAAUUAGUCCAGAAAAAUAAAACGAUCGACAACUUGAGGGAAAACCUGGACAAUGCAACGAUGCAAAUGAACCUGAAAAUUGAGCUUAAUAUAGCCGUGAAGGAAGACCUGAAAAACGUGACGGAGCAAUUAGACAAUAACAAAGAGUUGUUAGAAGAAAAAGAGAAACAAUUGAAGGACCUGACGGAACAAUUAGUCCAGAAAAAUGAAACGAUUGACAACUUGAGGGAAAACCUGGACAAUGCAACGGUGCAAAUGAUCCAGUACAAAGAGUUGUUCGAAAUCGUGGAGGAAAAGCUGAAAAACUCAACGGUAGAUAAAAAAGACUUGACAGCAAAACUGGAAGACGCACUGGAGGAACUGAGUAGAGAAAAAGAAUUGGCAAAAGCCACUGAGGGAAACCUGGAAAACGCGGUGGCUCAGGAAAAAUUGUUGUUAGAAGAAAAGAAGGAAAAACUGAAUAAUGUUACGAUACAAUUAAACCAGGAAAAGAAAUUGGUUGUAGACUUGAAGGAAAAAUUAAAGAACAGGACGGAACAAUUAGACCAGAAAAAUGAAUUGAUUGACAACUUGAGGGAAAACCUGAACAAUGCAACGGUGCAAAUGAGCCAGGACAAAGAGUUGCUCAAAAUCGUGGAGGAAAAGCUGAAAAACUCAACGGUAGAAAUAAACAACUUGACAGCAAAACUGGACAACGCAACGACCCAAUUGAUCCUGAAAAAUGAUUUGAGAGAAAAACUGGAAGAAAAGAAGGAAGAACUGAAUAAUGUGACGAUGCAAUUAAAACAGGUAAAGGAAUUGGUUGAAGGCUUGAAGGAAAAUCUAAAGAACGCGACGGAACAAUUAAGCCAAGUCGAAGCGUUGUUAAAAGAAAAAGAUGAAGAACUGAAGGACCUGACGGAACAAUUAGACCAGAAAAAUGAAUCGAUUGACAGCUUGAGGGAAAACCUGGAAAAUGCAACGGUGCAAAUGAUCCAGGACAAAGAGUUGUUCAAAAUCGUGGAGGAAAAGCUGAAAAACUCAACGGUAGAAAUAAACAACUUGACAGCAAAACUGGAAGAAAAGAAGGAAGAACUGAAUAAUGUGACGAUGCAAUUCAAACAGGAAAAGGAAUUGGUUGAAGUCUUGACGGCAAAACUGGAAAAUGCAACGGUGGAAAUGAUUCAGGUCAAAGAGAUGUUAAUCAUCAAAGAUAAUAACAACCUGACGAACCUGACUGAGAAAUUAAACCAGAAAAUUAAGCUUUUGGGAGACAUGGAGGAAGAACUGAAGGACUUGAAGGAACAAUUAAAUCAGAAUGUUAAACUUUUGGAAGUCGUGGAGGAAAAACUAAAGAAUUCAACGCUACAAACUGCCCAGAAGAGUGCGUUGUUGAAGGACAAGGAGAAAAAAUUGAAGGAGUUGACGGCCCAAUUGAGCCAGGAAAAAAUAUUACUAGAUGUCACGCAGAUACAGGUGAAAUUGAAAGAUGAUUCAUUGCAGUUCGUGAAGAAAAAACUGGAGAACGCAAAUGUUCAAUUGAUCCGGGAACAAAAUUUGUCAGUAAAACUGAAGAACGAAAUCGCACAAUUAACCUGUACCAGUAAUACGAAAAAUGAUUCAAGAAUUUCUUCAAGUUUAUUGCCCCUUUUUCCGGGAUCAAAAUAUUACCUGAGCAAACAGAAGUUGAGCUGGCACAUGGCUGGACAGUUUUGCAAAUUAUUCGGCAUGGAGUUGGCUAUCAUCGAGUCAAGGGAUGAAAAUACUGCACUCCAUGAAUUUAUCAGUAAGAAUAUCCUUCCCUCAAGCUACUAUUGGAUUUCUGGCACAGAUUUGGGCGCAGAAGGGAGGUUUUAUUGGUCUGGAACAGGAAAACCUAUUCAGGGAUUCACUAAAUUUAACAUCGGAGAGCCAAAUAAUGCUGGAGAUAAGGAGCACUGUCUUGAAGUCGAAUUUCGUUCACAUCGAUAUGAUCUUUAUUGGAAUGACUAUCAUUGUGAAAAGAAAAACUUGUUUAUUUGCGAGAUGAAAAUUUGUGAUGAAAUUUUAAAUAAGUAUCCAUGUGCAGACUUGAAGAAAGAACUGAAUGAUUUGAAGGAAAAACUCGACAUCGCAAUGGUGCAUUUGAGUCUACUAAAAGAAAAACUGGAUAAUGCGACAGAGAAAAUUGGCCUGGACAAGGUUUUGUUGGAAGAAAAGGAGGAAAAACUAAGUGAGUUGACGGCGCAAUUGAACCUGAGAAAUGAGCUUUACAUAGCCGUGCAGGAAGAACUGAAAAACGCAACGGAACAAUUAGGCCAAGAAGAAAAAAAGGAAGAAGUGAAGGACCUGAUGGAACAGAAAAAUGAUUUGAUUGACAACUUGAAAGAAAAACUAGACAAUGCAACGACUCAAUUGAUCAUGAAUAAUGAUUUGAUCAAGGACUUGAGAGGAAAACUGGAAAACGCGAUGGGUCAGGAAAAAGUGCUGUUAAAAGAAAAGGAGGAAGAACUGAAUAAUGUGACGAUGCAAUUAAACGAGGAAAAGGAAUUGGUUGAAGACUUGACGGCAAAACUAGAAAAUGCAACAGUUCAAAUGAUCGAGGACAAAGAGUUGUUCGCAGUCAUGGAGGAAAAGCUGAAAAACUCAACGGUAGAAAUAAACCACUUGACGGCAAAACUGGACAACGCAACGACCCAAUUGAUCCUGAAUAAUGAUUUGACCAAGGACUUGACAGAAAAACUGGACGAAAAGAAGGAAGAACUGAAGGACCUGAUGGAACAGAAAAAUGAUUUGAUUGACAACUUGAAAGAAAAAUUGGACAACGCGACGAUGCAAAUAACUCAGGAAAAAGCAAUUUUAACAAUCAAAGACGAAAACCUGAUGAACCUGACGGAGAAAUUACACCAGAAAAUUAAGCAUUUGGAAGUCAUGGAAGAAAAAAUAAAGGACCUGACGGAACAAUCAGACCAGAAAAAUGAAUUGAUUGACAACUUGAAGGAAAAACUGGAAAAUGCAACGGUGCAAAUGAGCCAGGACAACGAAUUGGUUGAAGUCAUAAGGAAAAACCUGAAAGAUGUUAGGGCAGAAUUGAUCCAUGAAAAAUAUUUGGCAGUUAACCUGAAGUGCGAUAUCUCACGAAUAUCGCAUACCAUCAGUGAAUGUCAGAAGGAACUGACAGCUAUUCGUUAUAAAUUUAAUCAGCUAAUCUAUGUGUGCCAACCUUGUCCCAAAACUACGAAAAGUGAUGAACUCUAUGAUGAUUCGUCUGAAGAAUUAUUCAGACGUUCUUCAGAAUCAUUGCGUUUGCCCAACGGGAUCGUAAUAAAACUUAAGGGAGUGGAAUGUGCGCAUGCACGAACUGUAGGAUAUUUAUAUUAUAUUAAUUUUGUUUCAUGUUUUUAUUCCUUAGUUGAGCCGUCAGGGACGUUAGCGCUCCUGGCGAGCAUCCCAUCUUGCAAACAAAUCAGGGUUCGAAGUCGAGGUCGAGCAAGGGCCGCCAGGGGGGUGCAAGUGGUCAGCACCCUGCCGUGACGUCAUAGGUCGCUCACGAGUGUCGGGCCUUUUCCUUUUUAUAGUCAAAAUUACAGAUAUAGAGUGACGGCUUUAAUUAGCCCGUCGGAUAAGAAAAGAGGUGACGUUGUUUCCAAACCUAUGUCAGGGUUUACCUGACGAGACUACGAUUGCUUUAAUAAUUUUUGUGUACUGAUAUUUAACGACGUGAAAGGCAACGCAAGAGCCAACCUCAAUAUUUUACAUCGAUUACAUCGGUACCAUAAUAUUAUUGAUCGUAAUAUUGUCCGGUAGAACCCUGACAGACGAAAACACAGCACUCUCUGAAUUUCCUAGAAAAUUUUAAAACUAAAUAAGUUUUGUAGAAAAUAAAUUUCUCUUUGUUCCUUGUAA